UUGUUGCCAUAGAAACCAUAGUUGUUUGUCAAUAAAAAACGCAAAGCCAGAGAAAAGUUUCAGUUUGGUCGAUAUUCCAAGGAAAUUCUUGGGGCUAUUAUAGUUAGAUUUUACAAUAGGUGAUUUACAACAAUGACCCAAUCAAAUUUGCAAGAUAACCCAAAAGGUGCCCUCGAACAAUAUUUAACUGCUUUGCAAAGUGAAUCGAAAAUAGUUCGAAGAUCUGGCUUAGUCAAGAUAAACGAAGAGAUAUUUGAAAAUCCAUUGAACGAGGAUUGUGAUUUAACUGUUGUUUUCCCACAAAUCUAUGCGUAUAUACUUAAAAGCUUUUCUGACGUUUCUGAAGCGUGUAGAGAUAGUGCGAUUUUAAUAAUAUCUAAUUUUAUAGAGCGGUUGCCCCUAAAUGAUUAUUAUUUAACGUACAUACUGCCAGUUGUAGUCCGUCGCAUUGGGUGCCCUGAGCUUGUUGAAGAAUCUGAGGAAAUACGCUUAGUUCUGAUUGAGCUUGCACAUAAAAUAUUAAAAAAGUAUAAAGGAACACAUCUUUUGUCACCAUUUAUUAAUGAAUUCACAAGUAUUUUAACUAAAACGAGUACAGAUCCAUAUUCCAAAGUUAAACUGGAAGCGUGUGAUUGUAUAAUUUUGCUGACCAAAGUUAUGCAGCGAGAUUUCCAUUUUCAAUCAGAGAGUUAUGUCAAACCAGUUUUGUCGAACUUUAAUCAUCAACAUUUUAGAGUGAGGGUUGCAGCUGUGAGAGCUAUUGGUGCAAUAGUCCUAGCAGGCAGCGUAAAAUGCUUUGAAUUGUCCAUCACUCCCAUGGCAGAGAAACUUUUUGAUGAAAACACUCAAGUGAGGCUGCAAGUUACUAUGGAAAUUAGUAACUGGAUGCUGACAUAUAAAGAUCGGUACUCAUUCUGGCAUCGUAUGAUACCUCUGCUGCUUACAAGUCUCAGUGAUGUAAUGGCUGAUAUCCGGGAGACUGCGUCGAAACAUUGGGAGGCCAUAGGCCUUCAGUACAUGGAGGAAAAUGAAGAGGACCUUAAAAAGAAAACUGAUUUCCUCAAAGACACACCGACGCACUAUCCCGAUGUCAAGCGACCAAAUCUAGGAUGCAGGGUACUGGUGCAGAGCAAUAUCGGGAAAAUAGUGCCAGCGAUUGGUCGAGAGAUGGACGGAUGGCAAGCAGAUGCUCGUCUGCGAUGCGCUCAACUAUUGUGCUGGUUAUUACUGUGUGCUGAAGAAGGCUCCACUCAGCAUGCCAAUACUAUAGUGAGAACAUUACAUAGAGGUGCAUCGGAUGAUGACUCGAGAGUUGUGCUUGAGAUAAAGCGGGCAUCCGAGUUGUUCGGCUACUUCAUAACACCUGACACGUGGUGGCCGCUCGUAGAAGCUGAAGUGGAUUCUUGGAGUGCACUGCUUGUCAUUACCCACAUCCUUAGGGGAUCUCGCGCGGAGCUGGUCAAAGAGAAAGUUUUGCAGGAGCUCUGUAAGGAAUUAGCUGAUCCGGAUAGGUGUCAGGUUAGAAAGCCAAAAUACCAAACAAACUUAUUGCAUGUGACCGAGUCCUUGAUGGAUCUCUGUGGAGACAAUUGCCUGAUUGUGGCAGAUCAGCUGUUCGUCAUCAACUUUACCGUAUACGCGAUGCCUUAUGACGAUAAGAUGCAGAUUAUGGCAUUGUCUAAUCUGGACAAACUUCGCUGCAUAGAAAAGUGCGGCCGCACCCUUACCUCUCUGUACGAUAAACAUAUCUGUCGGAUUCUAGCUGACAUAAACAGUGAUGCUAUCACUUGGAGCCUGCUCACGCCUGAUCGUUGUUUGCUCGAGUGCGUCCUAUUAAAUUCAGGAUCAGCAAUGGGCAGUCAAUUGCACUUAAUUGCACCCCUUCUAAAAGAAUGUUUAGCUCCUCCGAAAGUAGACCCUGAAGUGAAACUAAAAGUGUUCACCGCACUGUCAACGGUUCUCUUGAAACGACAAACAAACUUUAGGAAAUGCGAACCGGACAAGUUAGAGUCGUUUUUGAAGAUUGUCAUUGACGAGGUGAUAAUGCCGAAUUUAGUAUGGUCGCCUGGCAGAACCUCUGAAGCAAUUCGCACUGCGGCAGUUGCGUGUUUGUGUUCAGCUUUGCAAGACAACCCUGGCGAGCAGGUGCCUGUGGAGAAAGGUGGCGAUGGCGAUAAUUAUGACAAGGAAGUAAACCUAUUUCCAACAAGGGAAUCCCUCGAGCCUUUUCUGGAUCAAAUGGUACCUCUGUUAGUUAGUCUAGCCGAUGACAAUUCCACUUUGACGAGACAGCACACCUUGAGAGCGAUAUGCUGCCUAGCGACCUUGGCCCGCCAACGUGAUUGUUUUACUGUUGAAAUACUGCAUAAGUUAUAUUUUGUGGUGCUCAAGCGUCUUGACGACAGUAGUGACAAAGUGCGUUCGUUCGCCGUACACACACUGGUUACUUUAUUCAAAUGUCGCCCCAACGCGUACGACACGACAGUGUUCGGUGCGCACAUCGACGCGCUGUAUAGCGCUAUGUUGGUACACUUGGACGACGCGGAUGAAGCUUUCCGGAAGGAAAUGUUAGAUGCUUUGCUAAGUCUGACCGACGUUGAUCCUAGGCUGUUGAUAAAAAAAGUAAAAGCCAAUAUACAUUUAUACAGGAACAAAGGUGCUUAUGAACGACUGUCUAAGCAUAUUGAGAAAAUAAUUACGUAAAUGAAAUUUAUAAGUUAAUGGCGUUUAAAAAUAAAUUUAUUUUAUGUUUCCUGGUAAAACUAUGAGAAAAGGUGCAUUAAGUUAUGUUUUAAUAAGUAGGUUGCACAUGUGUAUUUGCGCGAAAUAAA